AUGGGUUUACAUGGCCGAGCAGCCGUACACAAGCCUAAGAUCAGCAUGCGCAAUGUCAAGAGUCGGGUGGAGUGGUGGGUGGGUGUGCUGGCCAUGAUCAUAGUGGCAGUAUUUCUGGAUAACAUAGACAGAGAUCAGGCCCAGGAGUUCCGAGGGAACAGAGAACCAUUCUGGAGCACCUUCCUGGCCACGUUUACACUCCUGAAAGACAAGAGACUCAUCAUUCUCAUCCCUUUGUCCAUGUACAGUGGCUUUGAGCAGAGUUUCCUCUCCGGUGAAUACACAAAGAACUAUGUGACCUGUUCAUUAGGAAUCCAUUACGUUGGAUAUGCGAUGAUAUGUUUUGGAGCCACAAAUUCGUUAUGUUCCUUUAUGUUUGGCAGGUUGGCAGAAUACACUGGAAGAGCCCCACUGUUUUGCUUGGCUGCGGCGAACAACUUUGCCUGUAUCAUGGCCCUGUUGUUCUGGAGGCCUCACCCAGACCAGCUGCCAGUGUUCUUUGUGUUUCCUGCUCUCUGGGGCAUGGCAGAUGCGGUAUGGCAGGCACAAACCAACUCGCUGUAUGGGGUUCUCUUCCCCAGACAAAAAGAGGCAGCGUUUGCUAACUGCUGUAUGUGGGAGUCCCUGGGGUUCGUGAUAGCCUUUGCCUACAGUACCUUCAUCUGUCUAGACACCAAGAUCUACAUCCUCCUUGGAGUUCUGAUCCUCUCCAUAGUUACCUGUUUGUGGGCAGAGUACCAAGAACACAACAAUCCUACACUUCCGGUGGAGGAGGGAGUAUAUGACAAAGACUAUAAAAAGGACACAGACCAAUACACAGACUACUCAAAAAGCAUACAUCACAUCAUUGCUCAGACCAGCUUGUAG